UCCUAAGAUACCAAAUAUAACUGUAUAUGUGUGUAUAAGCUAGAUAAAGAAUAUUUACAUGUCUUAGGCUUAGGAAUGCUGAUAAUUGUCCGGGUAUAAUCAAUAUGUUAAUGACGCUGUCGAUAUAAACCCCUAAAUAUUUUAUCAGCCCUUUGUACUGUGAUUGUGUUAUUAGUGUUCAUCGUGAUGGUUAGCUCGUUGAACUCAAAAAAUGGGCUGCCUAGGAGGUUACGGACUGCAUACACGAAUACGCAAUUAUUAGAGUUAGAAAAGGAAUUUCAUUUUAACAAAUACCUGUGUAGGCCUAGGAGGAUAGAAAUUGCUGCCUCGCUGGAUCUUACGGAACGACAGGUGAAGGUGUGGUUCCAAAAUCGACGGAUGAAGCACAAACGUCAAACCUUAGGCAAACAAGGAGAAGACGGUGAUGAUAAGGACUCUGUGACCAGCGAAGGCAGCAAAAGUGCCAAGCUAUCCGACAAGUUCCUGGACGACGUGGAGAUGUCCAAGAAGAGCUGUCAGGGUUGCGAAAUGCCCUCGGCAGCCCUAUGUGGUUCCACGCAUCACGACGACCUACCAGGUGCAGCAGGGGAUGGUAGCGUCACCAGGGGUACUAACAACAACACUCCUAGCGCUACAAAUAAUAAUAAUUUUAAUACGAAUAGUAAUGGUGCAAGCAGCGUUGCUAGCACCGGGUCUUUCGAUAAGCUCAUCAUGGCGGAGGAGGAUUCAAGGUCGAACGAAGAUAGCGGGUCGCACACCUCGCCAAGAAUAGGCAAAAAGAGCAACAGCAGUACUCCAAAUAGCAGCGUCGUAGUGAAAGUGGAAAACAAACGAAGCUCUCCCAAUGCUUGUGAUAGGAAAAUAGGAAUAAGCAAAACUUCACCAGGUGUCAGCUUGACAAAGGACAAUCCGGUAGGACCACUCGAAGCUGUUCCUAUCAAACUAUCACCCAAAAACGCAUCUAUGGCUCCGACGCCGAUGACUGUUCAUCCUAACUCCAUGGGUUUAUCUCCUGCCGGCAUGGUAUAUCCACACCUUCAACAACGGUCGUCUCCAACCACAGCUACAGCGAUUGCUUCAGCAACAGUGACCAUCCAAAACGUGUCCAACAACAUCCCUCCGUUCGCUAGCAGAGGUGUCUCCAAUCCCCACUUUCCGAAUCAGUACCCAAUGACCAACCAACUUGACUACAGAUCCGAGGGAGGUCGUCCGAAGCCUUACCAAAUGAACCAGGUGUACUCCGGAGACCUCUAUAAUCCUGACCAUCCAUCAGUGAACGACGGGAACCCAUACCACAGGAACCAGAACCACACUACCAACGUACCAGUAUCUAGAAUGCCUAGUGGAAGGGGUAGAACAGCUGCGUCUUACCACCAUGCGUAUCCGAACCAGCAGCAGUACUACUAUCACAAAGGACAGACAAGCGAUGGUUAUAAUAUGGUCCAGAACAACUAUGCGCAAGGGUAUCAUGCGGAGCAUCCUGGUUAUAACCAUUACGCGUAUAACACCAACAACAUGUAUCCGAAUGAUAGUACUGAGGCAACAAACACACAUUUGCCCAACUCAGUACCCAUGAAUCAUGAGCAUAACAACUACUACGCGAACGAGCCUGUACAUUCUAUGACCAAGAACCAGGAGUACCAAAACAAAAUGGGCUACUACGACAGCGCCACCUAUAACGCGAACCAUUUACCUCCAAGCAACGACGCUGCUUACGGCAUGACAGGUGAAAUGUUUAGUCCUCCCAACAACACUGCUGGAAUCAUGACACCGCCGUCUAGUGUUCCAACCGAAAACAGCGAAGGUUACAAUAAUUUCCAUCAGUUUUAUGGAUCUGAGUCACAGACCCAAGCUGCUCCCACGACUGCUGAGAGCAGCAACAGUUCGUCGGACUUUAACUUUUUGAGUAACUUAGCUAACGAUUAUACUCCGGAGUAUUAUCAGAUUUGAUCUAGUGCAAUCGAGGAUGUUUACUGUUAAGGAUGUUUUUAUAAUUGAACAAGUGUCGUGGUAUGUCGUGGAUACUUGGUGAGAUGUGACAGAUUAUAAAUAUCGCGUCCAGCCCCUUUUGACUCACUAUCAAUGCCCAGGAUAUGAAAUAAUCAGUGAUAAUGUUUGCUAAAGAGUUCAAACCACAGAGAAUGCCCAAUAUUCCAUUUUUAUGUCAAAAUCGACGAUAUCAUGACGUUGCUAUAUUCAGAAUAACUCUUCUUCCAAAAUAUGGACAGGUUCAUCUAGCAACUUACUGAAAAGAGCUAAAGAAGCGUUAUUUUCACUUACGAUCCUUAUAAUCAGCCACAUCAAAUCAUUUCAUGUUCUGUUAAACUGUAGAUAUGUAUCUAAACUUUGAUUUGUUAUUUGUUCAAACACAGAACACAAAUGAAUUCACAUAUGUUUUCUGGUUUUGCAUCGUUUGUAUAUAGUGCGGACAAUCUGUAAUAUGUUGACUUUUUAUUGUAUAUUGUCAGUAUACACGUAUACCUUGAAUACCCACACUUUUAUAGAUUAAGCUGUUCAUAACUACAAAAAGGUGGACUCUGAAAAGGAGAAAAUCUAAAAUAUCUUCUACUGUUCUCAACUAGGAAAAAAUAACAUGAAAAUACUCUCCAGUGAUAAAAAUAAUAAAGAUAUGAGAAGUUUUCUCCCUUCUGUUCUAAAACUUACAGUACAGGAGUAUCGUAAAUAAUAUAUAUUUUCAAAUUAAUAUGUAUAUUUGUACUGAUUUCAUUUUUACACUUUGAUAAGGGUUUGCUUUACUAUACAAAAUUUACCUCCACAUCAAGUAAACCAUAUAAUUUGUCCUCUCAAUGUACUUAGAUAAGUUGAGUGACAUUCGUACAAACAAUUAGUUUUCCCAUGCAUUGUGAGCAGCCUUUCCUAAGUUUAAGCUGGCCAUACACGCUAAAGCUUGCAAACUGGAACCCUGACAUGUAUAGCCAGCUUUAUAUGUGACUUUCUUUGCCAGCAAGAAAGCACGCUAGAAGAUAGCACGCCAGUAGAUCGCAAGACGUUUGAUUUUUGUGUGUGCCAGUCUCAAUGUACUUAGAUAAGUUGAGUGACAUUCGUACAAACAAUUAGUUUUCCCAUGCAUUGUGAGCAGCCUUUCCUAAGUUUAAGCUGGCCAUACACGCUAAAGCUUGCAAACUGGAACCCUGACAUGUAUAGCCAGCUUUAUAUUAGGAUAUCAAUCGUAACUAGCAGAUAAAUAAUAUUCAUAAGAAAUCGUUGUUCAAAAUUCAUACCACAUAUUUGGUGGUACUGUCACCUUUGCUAGUAUUUGAUCAAUUUAAUUUCAUCAAUUCAGAGCCGGCAGAUAAUUCUAAUAACACGUUUUGCUUUUAAAUGGUACCUAUAGUACAAUAGUUUUUUAAUAAACACCCAUUGGAAACGUGAAAUGUCUUGCAAGUUGUGGCAGAUUUUGAAUAAAGUAUCCUGAAAACUAUUAGCUACUCGAGUCACCAACGCGGUGAACAUAUUUUGCAAGAAUGCUUUAUGUAAUGUAAAAAUGCAAUACAACUAGAUAUAUUCUUUUUAUAUUUGGUUACAAGUUACUUUUAAAUGUAAAUUAAUGUAUAAUUAUUAUAAAAAUACACUGUAGUCUGUUGUCAUAUGUAAAUAUCUACUAAGUACGUACUUUCUAAUGUACAGAUAAUAUAGCGAGACACAUUGGUACUAUUAGUGUUUUAGCUGAGAAUAAACGAUAUUAGCUUUAUACGGUUUACUUUUUAUUUCGGAUAAGCAAUGUUAAAGAAGUCAAAAAAUGUAAAACACCUAGUGAAGAAACUAUUUUCGAACUAUUCAUACAGGUAUUAUACGAAAGUGCAACAUGUACGCUUUUUAAAGAAAAUUUGAGAUUUUGACUACUGUUUGUAGUUGGUAGGAAUGAAUUAACAUUGAACAGCUGAAUAGUUAAAUAAAAAUUUGCGAGUUAUUGUAUUGUAACUUUAAGAUACCCUUACUUGGUAAUAUAUUUCAUCAUACGAUCAAAUUCACUGGCAUAUACCGAAGAUGCUGGAUAGUAUCACACCGAAAUUUCGGUUCCAACGAGUUUCGGGAAUAAAAUCUAUAGUUAUAACUCUAUUUUGAUGGUUUCCUCGGCAAACGAAAGGUACACUCUUCAGCUUUAAUUUUAUUCAGUUUCUUGUUUGUACUUAAUUCUCAGAUUCUUAUAUAGGGUAAAUCAAAACCAGAUUCCUAUAACUUUCAGGCACUCUGUAUGGUGUGACUUUAUCAGUCAUUCAAAAUGCAGUGAACUUUUUUAUCCAGAAAAGUGCACAUAGUAUACUCCUUUAUAGAGAAGAAUAGAACUACUGAUUUUAUAACGCUCUUUAUAAUUAAAGGUUGGAAACUUGCAGAAAGACAUUAUUUUGGUUCUGUAACAUAUAUGUUUUUGUAUCUGUUUGUUGUACAGUAAACAGAUAUUGUAGUUAAGAAAUAUUACCGUGGUGACAUCAUA